UAAAAGGAAAGGGCGCCAAAUCAUCUGUCACGCCAUUUUGAUUUUGAACGCCAUGGCACUAAAACCUAGAAAUAUGGAGAAAAUGUUGAAAUUUCAAAUUUUGUGUAAAAGAAUUGUUAGAAUUUGAAUUAUUGGUGAUGAAUGCAUGGAAAUUAUUGGAUUCUUGCAGUAUUUCUGUUUAUAAUUGUACUACAGUUGAUGUGACGACAAAACAACCUGCCUAGGCCCGUUUUUUUUCAAGACAAAUGGUAUCUUCAACAAUGCUCAUUGACUGAUGAAUUGUUUCCUUGAUCUAGCAUAAGAGGGAAUAAUUGAAUUUUAUGCAGAUUCGUAUGCAAUUCUAAAUCACUGGAGUACGGCUGAUAUUUGUGUCGUUUUAAUUGAAUACAAUCAACAGUAAAACCGGCGAAUCCUUUUUAUGGAACAGGUACCUCUCUCAAAGAAAGAAGAGAUAACUGGCAUAAUUAUAAAAACUCAAGCAGGAGGAGAAACCAUUUAUUUCAUUUUCUAAGGAAUAACUAAUGGCACAGGAUAUUGAAUGAACUGGAAUUUCUGGUUUAAGAAAAAGGACAUUCAAAAUGAACAACAAACCAGAAAACGUGCCUAUCGCUACAUUAUCUGCUCUCACCAGCCUCAGUGAUGUUAUUGGCAUUCUACCCCUACCAAAUGGACUUCCAGGUGAAGAUCGACAUUCAAACAGUCUCAUUUCAACACAGGCAAUAUUGCAUGAUGCAAGACAGAUACUAAAUGGUGAACAAAUUGACCAUUCACUCACACAACGAUUGCAAGCAUAUUUGAGUAAAAUAAACACAAGCUAUCUAGACUUCAAGAACUUGUCACAGCACAAGGUAGCAGAUUUGAAUAGAGACCAAGUUCCUGUGUUACUACAGCAAAUGCUUGUUACCACUCCGCAUAUUUUUACCCCUAAUUAUGAGCAGUAUGCAUCUCCUUCAAAAAUGGUUAAUAUUGACCUCACUACACCAAGGCAUUCACUUCUGAGACCACAUGGACCUCAAGUUAUCUUAAGCCCAAGCAGAAGUGGUCACCACAUUCCCGUUGCCCAUGUAAGUCCACUAAGGCAAGAUGUGCCGAGCCCUAGACAAGGUCUGCAAAAAGGAAAUCCAGUUAGAAGUUCUUCUUUAUUACAUGAAUGUAAUGAUCCCCAAAGAUCAAGAAAAGAAACAGGAAAUCAGCACAAUGAGCUGGAAGCCCAGAGAAAGCAAACAGAGCAGACAGCUGCAGCUGGCAAUACUGGCUUUUUGUUACAAUCUGGCUUGAUACAAAAGAAUGAAGAAGUCAGGGUUCAAGAGGUGCAAGCGAGUAGCAUUGUAAGAAGGAGAAAAUCAAGCGGAAGUAAGGAGCAUGUGAGAAGACAGUUAUACGACCAUGAGGAAAGUCAAAUUAGGACAGAAUCAGAAAAACCACUGAAAAAUUCCCUAGAAUCACGGACUGCAGAGGAGAUUAACCAGCAGAUAGGUAAUGAGGGUCUUAAGAAUAAAGAAAGUCCAGUUAAAGAUGCAUCUAUCAGUCCGGGAAGUCUCAAGGUCAGCAUCAAUCGAAGUGAUCUUAAGGAAAGUUCCAAAAAGAGCCCGGAGAAGGUAGGUGCAGAGGAGGCGCUACAAAAACGAGAGUAUCCGAAGAGAAGAAGAAUCGAUCGCUUAACAUACCUUGAGACAGGCCAAAUGAUAGUUAGAGAUGAACAUCAAACUGAAACAUUAUCUGAACCUCAAGCAAGGGCUGCAAAUAGUCUAGCGCAAAUCGGUGAUGCCAGUGAUGAAAAAGGGGGUUGGGCAGAGCAGAUGUAUGAUGAUGUUAUGCAGUCGGAUAGUAAUGAAAGAGAAGCACGUCCCAUUAUACCGAAGCUUGUCUUAAAAAGGGUCAAGCGAAAGCAAGGUUCAAAAGAGUUUGAUACUUUGGAGAUAGUGUCUCCGACCAAAGCGGAAUUAGGGCUUUAUUAUGGCCAGCAAGAGGAAAGUGUUGAGAGUAAGAGCACUGCGGAGGAAAGCGAAGUGCUCGGCCAGGAAGCAGUUGUAUCAUCAUCCGAAUUAAGACAUGAAGAAACAAGGGUACAGCAGGAGAUAAAGACAGGCGGUUUAGGAGAUAUACCUGAAAUCGUGCAACCCAGUGUUAGUUCUCCUAGUAUAAAGCUUGAUAGACAAGUGGUUCCAGUAUUACAAAGAAUAGAUGCAAGCAUAGAUAGGAACAUAUUUCAAAUGAUAGAGAAACGAAAAGCAGAGCAAGUUGUGACGGAUAAUGCUGAAGGAAGAUCACUUAGAAGAAAGAGAAGAAGGGUUAGCAGUGAAAGUGAAGAAGGCGAAGAAAUGUUCACAGAUACCCUGCAAGAUUAUGGAGGAAUAUCAAAGAAAAAGAGAACUAAUAGAGUGUUGCAGUUAGAUCAAGAAAUUGAAAUCAGAGCAGACACAAAGCGACUGAUUCAACUGCUCCAAGAAAUACUUAGCACCGAAGACGAGCUAGAAUCAGAUGGGGCAUUAGAUUUUGGCGAUGAUGGAGAUAUCCCUUUAGAUGCGCUGCUUCCAAGGCCCCUUAUAACUGAUUUCUACAUUGAAUUGUCAAAAAUAAAGUCUACAAGCUUGACGUCAGAGCUUCCACAUGAUCAGUUGGUACGCAUCGUUUCCAUAAUGGAUCGUCAUGUUAGAGCGAGUUUAGAGGUGCUCCUGAACCAGCCUAAGGACGCGGAAGACGAAGAGGAAAAGCUGUGGAAAGGUUUGAAAAUGGACCGUGUACUAAGAGCCUGUGAGGCAUCGCUUAUUAUUCUGCAUAUAACAACAGCACCUGAAAUGCCAAAGCAAGUGUAUAUGGAAGAAGUCAUCGAGCAUGUGGUGUCGUUUUGUAGAUUCCAGUUAGAGAAUACUAUUUACCCAGAAUAUGAUCCUGUAUAUCGGGUGGAUCCCGAUAGUAAAUUCGAUUCGUCUAUAAUGCUGCCGAAAUCUCGUCGUGCCAGAGGGGUGAACAGUACCAAACUAAAGCCGAUUCUACAGCUUUAUAAUAAACUUUGUGAACUGGUUUCACUGAUUGCCGACUUGGUUGCUUUGGAAAGCCUCAAUGACAUCAUUAUACUCAAGAUAUCAUGCAUCGGAACAGCUCCAUUUUUCGUUGAAAAUAUCAGCAUUUUGCAGCUGGAAGCGCUGAAGCUUGUUCGAACGAUUUUCAGAACGUAUGUGAAACACAGGGACCUUAUAUUAGAUGACAUUCUGGCAUCCCUUGCCAGGCUACCAAGCAGUAAAAGGAAUCUCCGAAAUUACAGGUUAUACGAGGACAGCUCGAUUCAGAUGGUUACAGCGCUGGUGCUCCAGCUUGUUCAAUGCACCGUUAGCAUACCGGAUUCAUUUGACAAGAAAGAAGAUACACUGGUUGACAUAGAUGUCAUGAUUGUCACGUCGUAUGAGGAUUCUCUUCGAGCUGCUCAAAAUUUUCUGGCGACGUUUCUCAAAAAAUGCAGCUCGGCAAGCAAGGAUGAGAACGACUUUCGGCCGUUAUUUGAGAAUUUCCUUCAAGAUAUUUUGACAACCUUAAACAAACCAGAAUGGCCUGCCGCUGAAGUUUUGCUGACCUUGCUCGGAAAGCUACUGAUUGUCACGUUUAACAACAAAUCUAACGAAAUGAGUUUACGAGUUGCGGCAAUGGACUACCUUGCGUUGAUAGCAUCGCAUUUAAGGCGAGAUGCAGUCGAAAGUAGAGGAAGGGACAAAGAAGAUUUGAAGGAAAUCAUUGGUCAGCUACACAGAGAUGCUGACAUUGAAGACAAAGAUGAUAUAAGUGUCGAUAUGAUCGAUGUUCACAUAAACACUUUGCGAAAGGCUCUUCUCAGUUAUUUGGCUUACUCAGCUGAAAAAGACGUAUCUUGCAAGUUCGCAAGAGAGUUCUACUUAGGCCAAUGGAUCAGGGACGUUCACGUGGAAAUGGAGAAGUGCAUGAAAGCACCAAUGAUGUCAAUCCCGGGUGCUGCUUCUACAGAAAUACCAACCGAUGCAGGAGAAACCUCAAUUGAAAACCUUCAAGAAUUAGAUGAAAGAAAGAGAUAUUAUCAUGCAAUGGCUACAGAUAAAUCUAGUGACUCCCUAAGAUUAUCACAGCAAAAAGUUACCUACCAAGAAUCAUGCAUAAUUACCAAAUACCUUACUUCUUCAAGGUCCUUUUGCCAAAGCUUUGAUAUUUAUCUUCAACAGAUUUUCAAGAUGUUGAACGAGCCUGCAGUCGCCCUGAGGACCAAAGCAGUGAGAGCGCUCACUUCUAUUGUCACAGUCGAUCCAAACAUUCUUGGCAGAGAAGAUGUGCAGAUCAGCGUGCACUGUAGAUUUCGUGACCAAUCGACUCUUGUGAGAGAAGCAGCUGUAGACUUAAUUGGACAUUUUGUUUUGAAAUGCCCGGAUAUUACAGAUAAAUACUAUGAUAUGAUUAUCGAACGAAUACUGGAUACUGGAAUAAGUGUUCGAAAAAGGGUGAUUAAAAUUCUGAGGGAUAUUUGCAUAGAGCAGCCUGAUUUCCCGAAAAUUCCAGAAAUUUGUAUCAAAAUGAUAAGAAGAGUAAACGAUGAGGAGGGUAUUAGGGAUCUUGUUACAAAAGUUUUUCAGAAGAUGUGGUUUACCCCUGUUGCCGGAAGCUCAGAAAACAAUGCCGAACUGACUAAAAAGUCAAAAAAUAUCAUGAAAGUGGUUGCUAUGUGCAAGGAUUGCGGCUACGAAUGGUUUGAAAACCUUCUUGAUAACCUUUUAGAUGGUGACGAUGAAAGCGUGAAGAAAACAACCGAGAAGUCAUGUCAACAAUUGGUCGCCUCUUUUAUCCAGCGACUUAUAAAAAUGGAGCAAGAAAAUGGAUCAGAGCUUGUUGCCUGCCUUACAACAUUGUAUCUGCUUUGCAAAAUUCGCCCGCAGCUGUUGGUCCAACAUGCGACAACUUUGCAGCCAUAUCUCAGAAUCAAAUGCAGUACUCAAGGCGAUGCGCUAAUCAUCCAGAAUGUUGCCAGAAUUUUGGAGAACGUAAUCCCGUUGGUUGAUCAUCCGAAUCCAAAGUUCCUUGCUGAUCUAGAGGAAGACCUGAUGAAAUUGAUCAUCAAACAGGGACAAAAUAUCGUUCAAAGUUGCAUCAGCUGUUUAGAUGCCGUUGUUAACCAAGUCACGCGAAAUUACAAAUUUGUUUUGGACUGCUUUGAAAAAUUCCAUGUGUUUUUAGAGAAAUCAAAGAAAGACCUCAGUGACAAUAAGCAAAGUGCCAAGUUCGCGGCAACCCGGCCUGCUCUUCUAAGGUCUUUAUUUAUCGCUGGCCUGCUCUGCAAGCAUUUCGAUUUUGACAGGCACAUGGAAGAAGAAAAGAAGGGACCUGUGAGUUUGAAGGUUUUGGAAACUUGCUUAUUUUUUGCAAAGCAUUCUGAUCAAGAAGUUAGAUUAAAAGCAAUUAUGGCUGUCGGUUUUGUGUGUAUGACAAAGCCAGAAUAUCUAUUACGGAACGACUGCAAAAGUUUGUACCAACAGAUACUGUCAGACCAGUAUCAAUCAGCGAGAGGAAAGUGUAUGUUGUUGAAAAGCUUGCAGAAUCAUUUGAUGGAAGAGGAGGCCAGAAUGACUCAAUCAGAAGGCCGCAAGAAAAAGCUCAAGAAGCAAAAAGUUAAAGAAGAAGAUGGAAAUAUAAAGGAGUUUGGAGAUACACAGGCAGGAACGACGAGUGCUUUUAUGCAAGUCAUGCUAAAGAGCAUCCUUGACACGUUCUUCAAUGCUGAUGCAAUGGUGAGACUUGCUGCAGUUCAAGUCAUUGGUCUUAUUUUGAGGCAAGGCCUGAUUCAUCCAGCACAGUGUGUUCCGUAUUUGAUUGCUGCUGGAACUGAUGACGACAAGAUGAUAAGGGCCAAAGCAGAACAAGCUCUAGCGGAUAUUCACAAGCGACAUGCUGCUUUCAUUCAUAUGAAAGCCGUACAAGGAAUAAAACUCUCUUACCAGCUACAGAAACUGAUUCAAUGUACUAAUGGAGGCUAUUUACAAGGAUUCCGAGAGGGAGAUCCGAGAAGUGCCUUUACAAGUCAUGUUUAUUCCAUGGUUAGGCCAAAUAAACAGUACAGAAGACCGUUAUUGCAAACGAUGCUCAAACAAUUUGACGACCAGAAAAAUGAAAUCGACUUCCUCUAUUACCUGGCCGAAAACCUUGCAUACCUGCCUUACGUCACUCAGGAAGAACCCUUGUUUGUUAUGCAUCAUUGCGACAUGGUUGUGUCAGUGACAGGGGCUGGGUACCUUCAGAAUUUCAAAGAAGUGUUUUUCCCAGCAAGAAAAGGAAAGGGUAAAGGAAAAUCUCCGUCUCAUGCGAUGGAAGAUGAAGAAGAUCUUGAGGAUGCCGAAAGGCUUGGAGGUGCAGAGAUGGAUCUGAAGAAACUGGAAGAAGUUGUCCGGGACUCGUUUUCUUGCAUGCUGUUGUUGGAGUUAAAACAGCAUUUAAAACAACUGUAUGGCUUUGCUGACAGUAAAUGCCAGAAGUAUUCACCAUCAGAGCCAUCGAAACUGUAUGACAAAACAAUGACAAGGCGAGGAGAUGUCCACUUCAACUCGCACUUCAAACAGCUAAUGUUCCAUAAAGACGCACUAGAAAAGGAAGAAAUGAUCAAUUACUACAUAGAGUUCAAACAAUUGAUGUUGAGUCUGGAUGCAGAAGAAGAUAGCGAAGAAUUAGAACCACAGGAAAAGCCCGUAGAAAGCAAGCCUGAAGCUAAGAACGAAGAGAAGGCAGCUACUGAUGGCGUUCAGAUGAUGACUGAUGAGAGGCCUGCUACAGUAAUGGAAGCAAAUGUAACACUGCAGACAGCUGUAGAACAAAAAGAGGCAGAGGAAAUUGUUGAUGCCAAGUCAAAAGAUGCAGUUUUGUUUACAGAAAAGCUUCCUGAUGAUACCGGUAGUAAACAGAUUGAAGAAGAUUGCGCGAGUGACGGCUCAUCUGGUUCAAAGACAAGACGGAGAAGCUCUAGAGGCAGAAAAUGAGUCUCAAUGCCUGUGUUUAUAAGGAAUAUCGAAAGAAAGGACAAAUGGCUUGAUUCACAUUACACGUUCACGCAUACAUAUCUCCAGACACUAAAAAGGAUAUUGUCAGCAUUUGCUGAACCAACCUUCUUUAUCUUCUCUUUUGAAAACGAAGAUAAUUAUGUGCCCCAAGUAAUAUAAAGUAGAAGAUACAAAGGAAUUACUUUACAAACCAGGCAAAUUGUGGGGGAUAUUUAGAAUUUUUCUGUUGUAAGAAGCUUUUGAUAUUUCAAGGUUCUUGUAGAAAAAACAGAAAUUGGAAUUUGACAAAAAUAGAAAAAAGGCCAAACUCAAGACAUAUUACUGUUACUUAUUGGGUGGUUUACUUGUUGUUUGGUGUAUAAAUUCAUUUUAUCCCCAAAGGCCUUUUCCAUGCCUGUCAUUUCUAGAGUGGUAUGCCUUAAAGUGUUCUGUAUUUAUUUCUCGUUGUACAUGGGUGGUUCCAGCUUAAAAUAUCAGGGCUAUUGCAUUCGGUUAAAUUUAUCAAAACUAACAAUUCGUUUUAAACGAGAAAAAGAAAAGCCAAUUUGGCUAGAAAAUAGCAUAUAGAUGAAUUAAAACAAAGUUUGAUGGAGCAAUAUUCGUUACAUUCAAAAGCACACAUCCCUCCCAAGUAGAGCAAGAUUCACUGCCCGUAUUGGACGCCCCUGUAGUUUUACCUGACUUUGACGUUUUCAUACACGGUGUAUAGUUAUCCAUUUCAUCAUUGUAUUAUAAUGUAAAUUCGUUGCAAGUUUAAUGAUUAAUAUCAACAUGUAUAUUGUUGUUUAUUCACCUUUUGCCAGCUUAGUAUUCUUGUAGAAAGGUGUUGGUUCCAUUUGGUACACGAUGGGUUUCAAAUUAUGUACAUUUUACCCCCAUUUGUAAAGCUAUGCUCGAUUUUUAUGCUGGCUGCUGGACUGACAGAUUUUAGUCUUGUGUUCGCAAAGUUGUUUUUUCUGGCAUCUUUAGCUGUUUAAGCUGCUAGGUUUCCCCUUUGUUGUCGUUUUUUAUGUGCUUCUAUCCCACCCUAGGCCUUAUUCUUGUCAAAAUACUGAUCCCGCUUGAAGCUUGCCUUUCCAUCAUACAUCUGCGAUUUAUUCAAAUGAUGUCAACUGAAAGCUACUAUGAUACAGCUAUUCCAAUUUUUCGAUAGCAAUUUAAUUUUCGCUUUGCGGACCAUUUAUUAAACCCAAAUUAAGGUGAAUUUUUAGCGAAUUUUAAAGAAGAUUUUUAGUUUUGUUGUGUAUUAGCUUUAUCCCUGUAAUUUAUUUUGAGCAUCAUUGGUAAUUUACAACAUUUGGGAAAAAAGGGAAUUAAUUGUGUUUUUGUAUUCUUCUUCAUCUGUUACAAAAGUGGAUAAUUUCUUUACUGUCUCAACAUCAAUUUCUACUUCAGCUUUGAUAAAAGCGAAGUGUUCGGUUUUGCCUCCUCUUUUAUGCAAAUUUGCUAACCACUGAGUGGCUCAGGUAAUUUGAUUAAGAAGCGCCACGAAGGAGCAGUUGAUAACGAGGCAGAUGUACUGGCGGGAUUUUUUAAUGUCGUCAGCUCUAAGAUAGGUAAGUUGAAAAAAUCUUUGUGAUCUCUAUAUUCAAAUAAUUUUGACUUGUAACUAUUUCUUGUUUACAAAAAUUUUGCAUAGAAAGUGAUCAAGAAUGAAGGCUUUCAAUUUAGUGACGUUACAAGAAUUUUAUUGCACUCCAAACUUUUUGGUAGGCCUAAAAAAAAGACAAUCUGUAAGUAAAGAUGAAAUGUUACCGUUAUUAUAAGAAAUAAAGAGAAUACUUGUUGAAGAGAAGCAUUUAUUCUCCUCCUAUACUUUCAUUUCCAGUAUCAGCCAAUCAUUCUCCAAGUUACAUAUCAAAGUAAUAAAGAAUAUUGCAAUGCAGAAUGUCUUCCAUAUCGAAAAGAACAUUUGCAACACCAGGUUCAAGAUCAUUUGCAACUCCAAGCACUGCAAGUAGAUCGUAUCAUGAAAAUGGUUCUUCCUCCCAUAUAAGAAAAAAACAUGCAGAGGUCAAUACUUCGGGGAGCUUUAGCAAGGCACCACAAAGCAAAAUCAACACAACUGAAAUUAUCAACCAAACUCCGGAAAAUGGAUCAAAUUUCUAUAAAAGAUCGUUACUGGACUCAGUAGCAUAUGCGCCUACAAAAAGAUCAGUUAUUUACACUAGCCCAGAUUCUGAAAUAUUGUCAUCAAGCCAGAAAAGCAGUGCUAAUUUUGACAAAACGUUGCAACCCUGUAACUCAGAAGAAAGCAGUACAGGUAGGAGUAAUUCUUAUGAAGAUUUUGAAGAAAUUAUGAUACUAAUCCAUGAUUAAACGACUUUGUAGAGAGAGACAGAUAUAACUGAUGCUUCAACAAGUUUAUCUGCUUGUAUUCCUAUUUAGUUUUCUUGCCAGGAAAUCAAUUCUCAAAAUUGUACAUAUUCAAGGCUAAUUUUUAUUCAUUUAACUUGAUCUUGCAUGC